UUCCUACAUCAGGGCUGAAAUAAAGCAAGGAUAAUGGCUGGGUCCAUCAUUGACGAAACGCACGUACGGCUCAACGAUGGCCACCUCAUGCCGCUGCUGGGCUGCGGCACGUCCAGGGGGCACGCGGAUACCUUGUCGGGCGCCGUGGCGGUUGCCCUCUCCAGCGGUUACAAGCUCGUCGACGCGGCCUACGCCUACCAGAACGAGGAGGCUGUGGGCGAGGGCAUUCGCCGCUGGGGGGGAGACAGGAAGGAUAUUUUCGUCACCACAAAGCUGCCAGCCAUUGCCAUGCAGCCUGAAAGAGUCGAAGAGUUUUUGAGGAAAUCCCUGGCCAAGCUCGGCCUCGACUAUGUGGACUUGUACCUCAUCCACGUACCGAUGGCGUUACAGUACGUGAGCGAUGACGUGGUGCAGCCCAGGACGCCCGACGGCUUCAUGCUGACAGACUACGCCACCGACCACGUCGCCAUAUGGAGGGAGAUGGAGGCUGUACGCGAGGCGGGGCUCGCCCGGAGCAUCGGCGUGUCGAACUUCAGCACCGCGCAACUGCGGCGCCUCUUCGCUGUGGCCAAGGUGCCGCCUGCCGUGAACCAGGUGCGUAGUGGUGGGGACGUGUGA